GGAAACUAAAUUAUUCGGAAAUGCAGAACGCGUGCCUUCUCGUAACACAUGUUCGAACUAUUGAUAGGCCAUGUUGCCUCUACUUAAACGCUGUCCAAACCAAACAGCCUCCGACAUCCAUUUCAUGUUGCAGCUAUACUGGUGUGGCGCAGGACUUCGAAUUAUGGCUCAUUAGAAUUUCUACGCAGAGCAGAUUCAUAACAGGCCUUGCGUGUAUAGGCUACAAUACGAAACGGAAACGAGCAGUGGUGAUUAAUGUUUGGAAUUUAUAACAAGAUAUUUCCGUCGUCAGGAGGCGUGAGACUUUAAAUAGCUCAUAACCCGAAGAAAUGCGACUUGUCUUCACGUCCGCGACCAAAUAAGCAGGCCCAGAGGGUGGAACUUAAACCCAAACUGACAGCGUACGUUUAUUAUUCUGUUUGCUACAAACUUUCGGAGGUCCUCCCUUGUGGAGCCCGUGCGAAGGGCAGGAACGAGUCAAGUGCUGAAUGAUGAAAUUUGCCACCCUGCCGACUGAGUCGCUCAACUGUCCUGAGGAGAACGACGAAACGUUGAGUGAAGGGUCCCUCUCCAGUGCCGUGUCCAGCCUCCGGCCCGAUUGGCGAAAUCUCCACAUCCCUUCUCCUGCUGCCAGCAGCCUGAGCAGGAUGGCCAACGGGCACUCCUACAGCUGUGACUCCGCCCAGUCUGGCUACGACCCGUACCACCUGACCCUGGACCUGCCGUCGGGGUGCGACGCUCCCUUCCCCAGCCGGGCUGAUGGGUGCCCCAGCUGCCCCCACCUCCACAAAGGAGCCUGGCCGCCCCCUAGCUACGGGAGCAGCUUAUACAGAGGCGGGGGUUACUCCGACAGCCUACCGCUCUGCCCUCCCCCCUCAGAGUACCCCAGCUUUCCCUCUGGACAGGACAGUUACCCCUACAGCAAACCGUAUUCCUGUAACCAAAGCAACGGCAGCUUGGAGCAGCCGCAGUCCCUGCGUUCUGUGCCGCCGACUGCAGGCGUGCAGGAGUACUACCCAACUCCCUACCCCCCCUGCCGUCGUGGCCCCCAGGGCCCUGCCUGCUGCACCCAGUACCCUGCCGAGGGGUACAGGAUGGGCCACUCACCCCACCAGAGCCCCCGGCCCGGGUACCACUUGCCUUACAGACACCCCGGUCCAGACCACUGUGGGUGUCCCGAAGCAGGCUCCACGCAGAGUGUAUAUCCCCAUGCACAUCUGAGACAGAACACCGCCAUUUGUGCACCCCUGUCACUGGAACAACGGAAGGUGUUCGUCACAUACGAGGCAGACAGUGAAAAACACGUCAAAGAAAUCAUCAAGUUUGUGGCCUUGCUGCGACACAAUGGCUUCGAUACGCACAUUGAUGUAUUCGAGCAACAGUUUAGAAGCAUCAGCAAAAUUGACUUCAUGGAGAAGUUCAUAAAUGAGAAAGACUACCUGAUCAUCAUAGCCAUCAGCCCUAAGUACUACGAGACGGUGACAGGUGCACUCAUCAACAUGGAGAAUGACGAGAGGACCCUUAACACAGUUUACAUACACAAGCAGCUACAGAAUGAGUUCAUUCAAAAUGGCUGCCGAAAUUUCAGAUUCAUUCCUAUUCUGUUUCCUGGUGCAAAAAAGUGCCAUGUCCCCACCUGGCUCCAGAACACCCACGUGUACAGCUGGCCCAAGGACCGGGACGACAUCCUGCGUCGGCUGAUGCGGGUGGAGAAGUACAACCCCCCUCCCAUCGGUCCACUGCCCACUAUCGUCUCCAUCCCCCUGUAGCGCGUUCCUCGGGGGCUGGGGCGCCUGCCCUGGGGUUGGACGCUGUCAGUCUGCAGAGGAGGAGGUUCCACAGGGGCGCACACUUUUCCAGGCCUGGCGACCUGCUUUCUGUUCAUUAGCAGCAGCGUCGUCUCACUGGCCCCGUCUCUCACCUCAAAUCCAGCCACAAUCCCAGAAUGCACCCUGGACAUUCCUUAGGGAUUUGAAAUGUAAUUAUGUAAAUACUGUGUGCGUUUGGUUUGGUGGGGAUGAGUUGAACAGUGGAUUUGUCUUUUCUACAGACCCUUUGUUUGCUCCCAAGUCCUCAGAGCUUUAUUUGCAGUAAUCAAGAUGGCUUCCCAUUGCCUUGCAUGUCAGGAUCUGAAAUGUGCAUAUAUAUGUAUUGAAAUAGGGGAAGUUUUGGGGAACUCGAUCAAUGAAAUUAACACACAUUUGCUGCAUUUUCAAAUCCCACAUAAUCUCACAAUGCUGUGCAACAAGCACUAUGAAAACAGUCAGGCACAUCAACCUCUCCUUGCUCAGGUAAUCCAAUGAUCAUAGAUGUUUUCAAAUGGAGAAAUGUCCUGAGCCUCUCCUGGUGGAAAAACAGCUUUAGAUUCUCGUGGUGGGAAGAUCACCCAACUCUUUCUGGAUAAAGAAACUGUUUCUCUCUCUCCAAGUUGAAAAAACACCUUAUAAAUGGCCAUCUGACUGCCAGUUCCUUUGGAACAAACAUGGAGGCAAUGUUGGUGGAUAUAAGUAUGUUGAUCAGGCAUUGAAUUUGGUGGUCCAAUAGUGUUUCAGUUUGCAUUGAUGAUCUUGAUUGUCACUGGCAGAUUUUGCAGCCUGGGAGCACAGUAACAGUAUGAGAAGUAAACGUGUGCACGUGCCUGCCAAACCUACCAAGUGCGUAGUGGUGCUCUGAGGAUCGGAGGAAAGAGUGGUCACAGUUAAACAAGCCUUUCCAAAGUACAUAUCUGGAAUGACUGUCACUGUAGUGUACAUAAAUCUUGUGAAUUCAGCCUGUGACUGAUGGUAAUGGCUGUUUUUUUUCUCUUGUUGAGAGCAAAGAUGGUUUUUUUCCUCUUCAGCUGAAUGCAGAACUACCACAGUUAGCAGGGAUAUGAGAGAUAUGAUCAUCAUGCAAUUUAAAAAGCCCUUCUAAGUAAAAGCCUAUGCUGUAGUCUACUGUGCAUUUUAUGCAUAACAUAUAAUUUUGAUAAUCUGUGUAGAAGAAAUAUUUCUUCAGUUACCUGAAGUGUAGACUACUUUUAUAAACAUCUGCUGCCAGAGGCUUUCUUGCACCCAUUUUUUAAAAAAUACUGGUUUGCGGAAUCUCUGUAAUAUUCUCAGGUACAGGACAGGACUUCACGUGAUCUGCAGAUUUCAGACUUUAAUCUGCGCGCUGUCUGUGCUGCAUUCCAUUAUGUAAUAUGAUUAAUAGUGUUGACUGUGAAGUGUGUUUUACAUCGGACUGCCAAAACCUGCUGGAAAGGCAGUUGAUAUUCGUUGUGGGGGUAUUAAAUCAUGUUAUAUCACAUAACAAUGUAUGGCCUUUGUGAAGCCACAGAUGUGUACCUCCUACUUGGAUUUUUAGACUGUCUACCAUGACUAUGCCUAUUCCUCAACUUCAUAUGAUUUGACUGACAAACCUCAGUAAUAUCUUGUGUGGAAAAUGUACUUUUUCCCUUUCCCUUUUACUUUAUCCCUUUCCCUUUUACUUUAUCCUUGAUUAUGGGUCUAAGAGCAUAACAAUGGUAGGGUAGGUCUGUACAUAUAGUACAAUAAUGGUAGAAAGGAAAAGUCCUGCUAUGCUCUGACCUUUCCUCGGUGUUCUGUUGCAAAACACCAUUCAGUCACCAUGGCUGCCUGACUGGCUUUUUUUUUUGUUGUUGAUUGAGUUUUAGUUUAUUUCUGAAUAUUAUGGCAUUUUCAGCAUUUCAGUUUUUUUUCCAAUCUGAAAUGCACAACAUGUUGUGUAAAAUAAAAUGGAUUUAUGAUGAA